GAGAAAGAAGAAGAAGACGAAGAAGAAAUUUGCUGAUGUUUUGACUCGUUAAUGUAAAGUAAACUAGCGACGAAGAAAGUUGUUUGACGGAUCAUGGCCCGAAUCGGACGACUGGAUGAGUAUGAGCCAGAACAUGAGUCGUGGUCUGCAUAUAUCGAGCGAGUAGAACUGUUUAUGAUUGCUAAUGAUGUGGACGAUACAAAGCAAGUGGCGACUUUGCUUACUGCUAUGGGAGCUUCCACUUACAGAUUAUUGCGGGAUCUAGUUCAACCACUAAAGCCUAAGGAUAAAACAUUUAAAGAGAUUGUCAGUAUUCUACAAGUGCACUUUGAAAACAAGCAGUUAAUAAAAGCCGAACGCUUGCUGUUUCAACGCCGUAUUCAAAAACCCAAUGAAACUAUUUCCCAGUAUGUCGAUGAACUCCGACAAUGUGCGGCCAAAUGUGAUUUUGGGGCAAAUUUAGACGACGCUUUACGUGAUCGAUUUGUUAACGGACUACAAAAUGAAGCAUGUCAAAAAAGACUGCUGUCCGAGGACGCGCUCACUUUUGCACGCGCGGUUGAAAUCGCUCUCCGCGUGGAAACAGCGGCUCGGGAAACGCAACAGCCGAGGAAAACCACGGUUUCAGUGGCAGAUGUGAUUAAGCAUCCUACACAUUUUCAAUCCAAGCCUGAUGCAGAAACGUUCUUUCGGAACGGGGGCUUUGAAUGUCCCUGCUGCCCUUUCAUUGCAAAGGAAAAUUAUUCUUUUAAAAUUCACAUGGAUAACCACAUAAGUCAUGCAGUGAAGCACAAAGGUUACUUCAUCUCAAAAUGCAAUAAACCGUGCAGGACUGCAGCCCAUUUUCACUGUCUUUACUGCAGCCAGACAUUAAUACGCAGAGAAUCAUUGGCACGGCAUGUUGCCAGUUGCUCUAAUACAGAGCCGUCUGUUGCACCUUCUUCACCUCUGCCUCCCUCUCUUUUUGUAGCUGCAAGUCCCACAUCCCUACCCUAUGCUGCUUUAGUUACCCAGUCUCCACUUGCACCUUCAUCUCCCUCUGUAGCUCCAAAACAGAUUACCCCACCCAUAGUUGUUUUGGUUGCCAAGUCUCUAGUAUCCACCCCCUGUUCCUCUGAUCCUGUCUCUUUUGGACCACCCCCAAAAUUGCAAAAGAAGGGAGAGAAUGCUAAACUGAAAAAAAAACGAGAAGGUCAUAUGUUCUGAUUGUGGAUUGGCUCUCAACAAGAGAAAUGUAAAGAUACAUUUUCAGAGACGGCAUACUCCAAAAAUGGACAUUAUCACAGAGGACCACUUGGAUUAAGUCACAGCACGUGGCUUAUACUUAUGGAUAUCCAAAGUAGACAAAUCAUUUGUAGCACUCAUCAGAAAGACGUGGGACUCUAAACAAAGAGCAACAUGCACACUUUACAGCUGCAGAAUGAAAAUAGGUAUUUGUAGAAAGACCAAACUUUCAUUUCUGUGAGUGCCAAGACCUCCACUAACUUGCCCACCAGCAGAAAGGGACAUUUGCUUAAAGACAUAGAAAGUUUUACAGACCAUGACUGACGAUUGCUGAAGGAACUGAUGUUUAGCGCGACAAAGACAAGCAAAAGCUGGGUCAAGCACAUAUGCUUCCUGGAGGAUAACAUCACACGUUUUCCCUCUAUAUGUGGAUGGUUUUAGAAAGAGGAAGAAACCCAAUAGCCACCUGAAGACCAGAAUCUGACUUGAAUGGUUUUAUAUACAUAUAUUUAUAAACCGAUCACUUAAAAUGUGUUAAACACAAGUCAUUUUCAUCUGAGCUUCACAGCAUCUGUAGCCUUUUGCACUGAAUGUUCAGAGGGAUCUUCACCAUGUGAACCUUUGAUCAUCACAUCAACAGAAAUCAUGAUGACACCAAUUUCGUAGAUGAUUUGAUGUUUUCCUGGAAGAUUUUCUUUAAUAAAGGAUUCUGCAGGCCUACUUAAGUUUUGAGGCACUGUUCGACCAGGCCUACACGUUUUCUCCAGUGCUCAUUGUUCAUAUGGAUGGUGUGUUACAAACUGUCCGGCUCUAGACAGUCUGCAACACAAUCAAGAGUCCACGCCACCAAUCAAAUAAUUCAAAAUAAGAAGAUUCAUUAAAGUUAUUACAGUAAACAAGAUCAAAUGCAAAAUAAAUUAUCUAAACAAACAGAAAAAUCUGGUGCAGGGGGAGACCAAUCAGGCAGCCCAAGUCAAGCCAACAACGCAAGCUUCUCUUGAGGGAACAAAUGAGGAAUCCUUUUAUCAUGCGCUCAUCACCGGCAACGCAGCACACCUGUAAUGCAUUUCAACUUGUGCACAUAAGGCAGGGAUGUCAAACUCAAUUCCUGGAGGGCCGCAACCCUGCACAGCUUAGGUCCAGCCCUGCUUUAACACACUUACCUGUAUAGGUGUCAAACAAGACUGAAAGACUUAAUUAGUUUGAUCGGCUGUGUUUAAUUAGGGUUGGAUUUAAACUGCAGGGCUGCGGCCCUCCAGGAAUUGAUGUUGACAUCCCUGACAUAAGAGAACAAGUGACCAAGACAAUAGCGCCAUCUAGUGGACAUCCUAGCACCAGCAAAAGAAAAGGAAAAAACAAACCCGUAACAGCUGUUUCUAGCAUGCCUUCAUUGAGGAACCAGCAGAGGACUUUGACGGACGUGUGAAGGCUUAACAUCUCUGGGAGCUGCUGUGUGUUGGUUCCAAGUGAGUCUGCUAACGUUCAUUGUAGAUUCCUAAUUUAAGCCCUGUUUACACUAAUAUGGUUUAGUUUUAAAAUGUUUUGCUUUGGUUAUACCUUCCGUUCACACUACCCUGGAGUUUUCGAGCACCGAAAAACAGAGCAUUUUGAAAAGAGCCCAAUUUCGUUUUUAAAACGCUGCUGCUCUGUCAGUGUGGAUGGGGGAAAACAGAGACAUGUGAAAAUGGAGACGUGGCUGCAGAAAUUUGGGCUACCUGAUUGGAGCUUUUUCUCAACAUUAAGUGCACAAAGUUCAGUCUCGCAUCUUUUCCUUGUAAGUUCAGACUUUGCAAGUUUGAUAUGGGAAACAAACUCCCGAGGACAUGAAGUUCCCACAAAUCAAAAUCAUCCUCUCUGCCAUUUGAGGUCUGCAAAAUCCCAAAAUAUGGACAAAACCCAGCUUUUAUGAACCGUGUACUUUUGCUUUAGCUAUUGGUGACGAUGUUGGCAUCAUCAGAUAAAGUGUAGAGAUGCUACCCAUUUUUUCCCAUGAUCGUUCCCCUUGCAAAAAAUAUAUAUUUUUAAAGAACCAUUGUCUGGCGCUACUGAACUACUGAAAGUGAACUUUCUAACCAAAAUUGUGUCAAAAAAAUGUACAAGAAUUGUAUACUUUAUGAUAUUUGAUGAACAAGUUUUUAUAAAUGCAAAAGAGGUCAUCACACUGAUCUGUCGCAGCUUCCUUUCUUUUUUUUUUCCACAGCCCCCUUACUUUACCUCAGCUUUCCCCCCCAUGUAAUGUAGCCAAGAUUUGUGAAUAAAUGUAAUAUUGUUUUAUAUUUUA